AUGUCAAUAUCAGUUGACAGUAACAAUCUUAUUUUUGUUAACGAUCUGAAUCCUGGGAAAAAUAUGUGGAACAUGAAAGCGAGAAUUAUUCAAAAAUGGAAUCAGGGUUACAAGAUGGAUCUCAUCUUCAUUGAUGAAAAGGGUGCUAAGAUUCAUGCAGAAGAUGCUGUUGUGAUUCUGUCGAAAUUUGGUGUUGGUGAGAAUAAAGAUUUAUAUAAAGUAGUAGUGCAGCCUUAUAAAAUCAACUUUUAUAGCUGCACAACUGUUACUCCUGUGAGGGAUUGGCAAGAUGUUGAGUAUGGUUUCAACUUCGGAGCUUAUGAAGAUGUUCUUCAAGGAGAGGCGUUAAACGCUUUGAGUGUUGAUGUUGUUGGAUCUGUGGUUUGUUGUGGAGAUCUUGAAAUCUUUGAUCGACCUCCAAAGGAGACUAAGAAGAUCAAUUUCGAUAUUGAAGACUUGGAGGGUAAGGUUUUACGGUGUACUGUGUGGAAUGAUUAUGCUCUGCAGAUUAAGGACGGCAUUUCUAAAAUCCCACCUCAUGAGCAUGUGAUGGCUGUUAUACAGCAUGGAAAGUGUAAGGAAUGGAAAUGUGAAUAUACUGUUCAAAGUGAUAAGUUUGCAACACGAAUUUUUUUAAUGAGGAAAUUGAUGAAGCUUAUACUGAAGUUUGGAAAAGGGAGUGGUUCUACUUCUCAAACAAUACUAUCGUCUCAAAGUGUUUUUCCAUUGCAUAAAGAAUUUGUAACUGAUGGUGUGAAGAAACAUACUGAUGAGAUUAGUGACAUAGAAAAGGAAAUGUCUUGUGUUGUGGUUGCGACGGUUAAGAUUGUGCAAGAAGAGUAUGAUGAUAUUGUUCGAUUGCCUGCGACUUCUUUGGGUUGUCCCAAAUGUCAUAGUGAAUGUACAUCGAUCACCACAAAGUUCAAGGUGCAAGUCCGGGUGCAGGAUGAGAGUGUAAUAAUUGCUGAGUUGGUUGGUGGAGAUGGUAAUGGUGAUGAAAAUACUGAUGAGGUUACUCAAGAGGUAGUUGAUGUUAAAGAUGUUAACCUUUCAGAAUCUUCCCAGGUGUCUGCUGAACGAACUUCAGGGGAUGCUAUCUCUGUUACGGCCGACUCUUCAGCAGUUGAAGUUGAAAAGGAUUCUGGAUCAAGUCCCAAUGGAAAGCGGAUGGCUCAAGAUGCUGACGUUGUCAACGUUGAUGAGCUAUCCACUAAUGUGAGAAGAACUCGGAAGAAGCUGUCUAAGGAGUAA